GAUUACCACCUCCUCGUUUUUUUAGUUGAUAGCGAUGCAAGGAGGGCUUUCCCCCUGCUGAGUACCUGCCUGUUGCCUAAGAAAGAUUCUAGGAAAGCCGGUAACUUAACUCUUCAAAAUAUAGAUAAUCUAGGGGUUCGUGUUUCCUCCCGACUACUUCUGUACUUGAGAAUUUCUGAAAGCUUGCCUGAAUUUCCUAAGGACAGAAUUUAUACAUUACAUCACGUGUGAGCCAUUAAAUUGUCACAAGAAUCCAUUAUAUUCCUCUAGAGCUGUUUGAAGACCCGAAGAAAAAAAAAAAAGAAUAAUACUUCCGGUGUUUUUUUUUAAGUUAAGAGAUUCGUGUGCGGUAACACCUGUCGAAGAUGGGCACUGUACUGUCCUUAUCUCCUGGUUCUGGGAAAGGGAGAAACCCAGAGAAUAAAUCUGAUUUUGUAGGGGGUUAUUCGGCUAUUCCUAACAGCAAGAAUGGCAAGCCCGAGAAAAGCCUGAAGAAGCAUUCUGUACUGAUUUCGGCUCUUACUUGGAAGAGGCUAGUAGCUGUUUCCACAAAACGGAAGAAUGCAAAAAAGGUGAAUCCAAACCCUGGCUCGCAACCCAAAAAUAUUUCAGUGGAACAACUAAACAACCAGAACCUGAAGAAAUCUCUCCAACAACAGCCAGGUUCUGAUAGGAAAGGGCUAAAAAGAGAUCAUAAACCUGGGCCUCUCCCAGUACCCGUCCCCACAGUUCCGAAUCAGAACCAGAACUCUUCACAGACUGGUAGUAAGCAGUUAGGGUCUGCUAAGCAACAGCCCACUAGCCGUGCCCUGUACUCGCCCCGCAGGAUAAUUGUUCAAGCUUCCACCGGAGAAUUGCUGCGGUGUCUUGGCGAGUUCAUUUGUAGGAGGUGCUACAAGCUGAAGGACUUGAGUCCCAACGAGCCUAUUUUAUGGUUUCGAAAUGUGGACCGGUCUCUACUUCUCCAGGGUUGGCAAGACCAGGGUUUCAUCACUCCUGCUAAUCUGGUGUUUGUCUACAUGCUUUGCAGGGAGGCCAUCAAGGAUGAUAUAAACAGUGAAUCUGAGCUGCAGGCCGCCUUUCUUACCUCCCUAUACCUCGCAUAUUCUUAUAUGGGCAAUGAGAUCUCUUACCCUCUCAAGCCCUUUCUGGUUGAAACUAACAAGGAGAUCUUCUGGGAGCGUAGUCUGAAGGUCAUUGACAAGAUGAGCGCCAAAAUGCUGCAGAUAAACGCUGACCCCCACUUCUUUACCCAGGUAUUUCAGGACCUGAAAAAUGAAGGGGAAGUGAAGGAUUCGAAUGGACAAUGGACAAUCAGUUUAGAUCGUUAAAAGUCUUACUGUAAACAAUAAAACGAGGGGUGGGUGCGGCCGAUAUAAUUCUUAUUGAAGUUUGCAUUGUGAGGGUGAUGAUGGUGGUUAACGUUUCUGAACGGGCAUAUAAGGGUGAGGGAAAAGGGGUAGCGCAUCCCCAUGAUCAUUCCAAGCAGUGCUUUAAAACGAAAUUGCCUGAAAAGUGAAAAAAAGGAAAAGCUGCUCGUUGCCUCCCGUUAUUACGUACCAAUUUUCUCAGUGCUACUGUGAAUCACAGUACUUAGGAAACCCACCUGUAUUUUAUAAUUAAAAUGCAUGCCUUUGUCAGUUAAAUGGUUCAUUUCAUUGCUGCUGUAAAAAGGGAGGGAUGAUGAAUGGACAGGACUGCAAACCAUCGAUCAAAUAUAAUGUAGCCUACCAGGUAGACGCCAUUAUAGUCUAUAUGGACUGGACUGCUUAGAGUAUUUUUUAUUGACUCUAUAUGUAAUUAACAACACGCAGAACACAUUGAGGGUAAACUCAAUUCAUCAAAUGCACUGUUGUAAUGAGGUCUGCCUUUUACGGUUUUGGAAGGUUAAUGGGGAGCUAUCCAUGGUGCUGCUAGCUUUUCACCAUGUUGCACAUUAUCAACACCUCAUGAAUUGUGAAUGUAACGUAGAGAAGAAAAGUGUUUAACAAGCUGUUGUACGUGCCAAAACUGUCUUAAAAUAUACAAAGCCGUAUCGUUUUAUAUUGUAUAUUUACGAAAAAAUAUAAAAUAUGAAUCGCUUUGAUUCUCCA